AUGGUAAACACGGCGAGAGCAGUGGUCUGUUUGACUCUCUGGCUGGCUGUAUGUCAAGUCAGAGGCUCUUACAUCCCACCAGAGAUGAACAAAACCAUCCAGAACCUCCUGCAGCACUAUAAAAUUUCAAAUGCCCAGAGGUUUAACGGGCAACCGGUCUUCUCCAAGGACCCACUGAAUGGCAAAAUGGAGACAAAGAUGGUGUUUAUGCGUGCUGUUUUGGACACCUAUGAAAAGCUGAUUGAGCGCAUGAAGAAGCAGGUGUCGAAUCCCCACAUAGCUGCAACCCAGGAACACUCUGCCUCUUCUGUCGCCCCUGCUGUCCCCACCGUCGCCCCUGGCACUGACAGUAAUGCCAACGCAGGAGCAAUGGCAAAGGAAAGUGGUCUCAAGAAGGAGUUGGGUUUCCUUCUGACGAAGAUCACACAACUGAAGAGGACCUACAAAGAGGAAGAAAAGUUUCUGCACAGUCUGAAGAAACUUGGAGACAUCAAGAUGGAUGACAUGGUCGUCCAGAGCAAAGCACUGUGGGAGCUCCCGUGGCUGUACGAGGAGGCAAGCACACUGGUCGAAGUGAAUCAGCGGAGGAGGAGGCGAAGACGGCAAGCACGGAAGUUCAAAACACGCCCUCAAUUACAUUAAUAAUGACAAAAACAGC